AUGGGAGAUUCUAGAGAAAUUAUGUCAGAAAAUUCACCCAGCGUUGAAGCAAGCCAAAAGCCAGCCGACGCAUUUGAGCCCAAGCCUGAGCCACCAAAGAGCCCAGCCGCAAAGUCCGUGUCCUUCAGGAACGGCAAAAAAUACUCGAACAAAAAAUUCAUUUUACCCCCUCCGCCAAGAGCCUCACCAACCUCUAGCUCCGGAUUCCCAGGUGUUAGCUGGAACAAAAGAAUGGGAGCAUGGUUGGCUUUCUACUACGACCAAGGCACAAGACGUAGUAGAACAUUUCAUCCGAAAUAUUUCGAUAUGGAUGUUGAGAAAGCGAAAUUGGCUGCAAUUGAGUUUAUGAAGAAUAUUGAAAAGCAUCCAAAGUGUAGUUUGAGGAAGAAUAGGCGUGAGAGACAUGAUUGGAGUAACUCACAUUACAUUAAGACUUCACCAGAGUUUGAUGAUGAGAACGAACCAAGAACAAGAAGGAGAAGAAGAAGUACCACAAAGGAGUUUGGAACUGAGGGUACUAAGCGCUCACCAAUGAGCUGCUCAACCCAGGCUAGCAUUGCUGAUAUGUACUUUGAUGGCCUCAGACCCAAGUUCAUUAACGGUAUGGCUCAUGAGAAACAAGUGACUCCAACACUCGCAAGAGUUGCCAGAGUUAAACCUGAAGGUGACGUGAUUGACAUGACUCCAAACAUGUUCAAUCAGAGCCUAAUGUGGGGAAAUUGUAAUCUCUUUGUGAACUCACAAGAUUACUGCCACUCACAGGACUAUUCACAGUCACAAGAUUAUUCCCAAGACUACUCCCAAUCCCAGUACUCUCAGUCACAGUAUUCACAGUCACAACAGUAUAACCAGCCAAAAGAAUAUAACCACUCACAGGAUUCGAACUUUACCAUGCCCUCAUUUAACGGCUUCACUAGUCCAAGCAGGAACUUUGCAGAAGAGCAGAUGGUUGUAAGUAACAUUGACAGUGAACAUGACUACAAGAUGUUACAUCCAAUGCAUGUCGACCCUCUUGACCCAAAUCUUAAUUACAUGUCAGCCUAUAACUGUUCUUCAACUUCGGUAAGUAGCCCUUACCUCUCACCAUAUAACUACUAUGGAACAAAAGAUGAGUCUACAAUGCCACAAAACGCAACUUUCCAAGGAAUGGUUAUUCAAAAUGAAAACCAGCAAUCAAAUAUUCUCUACUCACCAAACUCCUCUUACAUCUUGCCAAUUGACUCCAAUUAA